AUGCCGAUCUUGGUUUUGGUUUUCAUCGCUGCCCAUACGGCAGCAGCGGAAGCUCUCUCGCUCAGAGCCGAAUUCCUCGCGAUGACGAGUUCUAGCACUUUAUCGGCGAGUACUUUGUCCGCCGCGUGUCCAUCGUCGAUCGGUGAUUAUUUGGCCGAGUUUCACGGAACGGAAGAUACUUUCCUAGUAUGGGAAAGAGAGGUUAGGAAGCUGCGAGUUACGUAUGAUCUCGAUGACAACUCAACGAAGCUGCUGAUCGGCGCCAAAGUAAAGGGUAAAGCGGCAAUUUGGUUACAUUCUAAAGCAGAAUUCAUCGAGUUGGAUGCCGAAAGCCUACUUGAUGAAAUGAGAAAGAUGUUUGAACAUCGGCCUGGCAGAUUUGCACUAAGACGUAAAUUCGAAGAGAGAAAGUGGAAAGUCGACGAAGCAUACCGUGAAUAUCACCAUGAUAAGAUCGUCCUUGGAAAUCGACUGUCCCUUGAGGAAGAAGAACUUGUUGAAUACGUCAUAGAGGGUAUUCCGAAUAUGCGACUGCGGGAUCACGCACGAAUGCAGCGAUUCAAGUCACUCAACUUACUACUCGAAGCUUUCGAAAACAUUACAUUGCAAACUGAUGGUAAGAAGAAUAUCCUUUCCUCUACGAAAUCGAAGCUUGGAACUGAUCGCAAGGAAACCUCGGACCGACAAAGUGCAUCGGCAAAAUGCUAUAACUGCAAUCAGGAAGGGCACCUUUCUGCUUCAUGCCCUAAGCCAAAACGAGAAAAAGGUUCUUGCUUUAAUUGCGGGAAGAUGGAUCACCGACUUAAGAACUGUCCGACGAAAAAAGAAUCGAAGCAAAGAAGCAAAGAAGAUAACAGUGCGAGUGGCGCGAGUAACACAAUGGCACUCGUGGAAAAGUCUGCGGUAGAACAUCAUAGGAAACCACUAACCAACCCCACCAGGGAGUAUUGCGUGUUAUUUACUAGAAGCUCCGAAAGUGAAUAUUACUUAUUGUUAGAAGCAUUAGUAGAUUCCGGUUGCGCAAUAAACAUUAUGAGCGAAAACGCAUACUUAAAUUAUUUUAACGAUGAAAAGCUAACUCAAAAUGAAUCCGUUGCUAAUUAUGGAGGCAUAAAUAAAUCACCUUUAUGUAUUAUAGGGACAAUUACGGCCAAAAUCCGAUUACAUUUGCUGCCUGAUCAUAUCCUUUCUAUAGAAUUUGCUAUCGUUCCGGAUUCAACUACGACAUAUGACGCUUUGUUAGGUCGUGAAUUUAUACGCAUGCCCGGCAUAUCAGUUACAUUAGAUAAAUCUUUGCGUAUAGCACACAAUUAUAUUAUGGAAGAUAUAUUAAAUAUUGAAGCUAUUGAGCAAGCGAGUCCGUUGAGCGCUGUUUCUGAUAAUUUAGAUGUAUCAUUGCCCCAUGACGUUAAAGAGAGAUUGCUAAGUUUACUAAACACUCACCUCUGUUCUACAGGAAAAAUCGAGGAACUCCCUUAUAAGUUUGAGAUACAGUUAACUGACGAGAAUAAGUCAUUUUAUUUUACACCUAGACGUCUUUCAUGGCACGAGCGAGAGGAAGUGAGGAAUAUCAUCAAUGGAUUGCUGCAGAGGGAAAUCAUAAGACCCAGUAACUCUAAUUUCUGUAGUCCGAUCGUGCUCGUCAAAAAAAAGGAUGGAAGUCUUGACUUAAAAGAUGGAUUCCAUCAUAUUCAAGUAGAUGAAAGUUCGGUGAAGUUCACUUCAUUUGUUACGCCAGACGGCCAGUACGAAUACUUGAGACUACCUUUCGAUUUGGCCAAUGCCCCUGCUGCAUUCCAGCGGUGUAUUAAUAUGGUACUUAAGCCAUUAUUAGAUGCAAGGAAAAUACAGAUAUACCUUGACGAUAUUAUGAUUGCGACAGCUACGAUUGAAGAAAAUGUAACAAUCUUCGAAGAAGUUUUGCAUUUGCUAACUCGGUACAAUUUGGAAUUGAAUUUCAGUAAAUGCCGAUUUUUAAAACGCGAAAUAGAGUAUCUUGGUUACAAUAUCUCUAAGAACGGUAUUACGCUGAACGAGUCGAAAGUAAAGGCUAUCCAGAAGUUUCCGCAUCCUAAAACCGUAGGACAAUUGCAAGGCUUCUUAGGUUUAACUAGCUAUUUUCGUAAAUUCAUCGUAAAUUACGCACGAAUUGCGAAACCUUUGCAUGAUCUCACUAGGAAGAAUGUACCUUUUAUAUUUGGCGAGAGCGAGUUACAUGCGUUUGAAACGUUACGAGAAAAGUUGUCUAAUCAUCCCGUGCUAGCUUUGAAUAAUCCUAGAGCGUAUACUGAAUUGCAUACCGAUGCCAGCUCUCAUGGUUAUGGUGCUGUGUUACUACAACGCCAACAAGACGGUCACAUGCACCCUAUUAUGUAUUAUAGUCGACGAACUACGGCCACCGAAAGUCGUUAUCAUAGCUAUGAGCUUGAAACGCUGGCCAUCGUUUACGCCCUUGAAAGAUUUCGAGUCUAUCUUCAGGGAAUAUCCUUCGUAGUGAUAACCGAGUGCAAUGCGUUAAGUCGUAACAUUUUAGUAAUAGAGCCGCUUUCAUUUGAUGAAGUAUUAGUGUAUAGGCAAAUACAAGACCCUGUUAUUAGAAAGAUUCAAAAGGAAUUGGAGAUUAGCGAAUGUAGUAGAUUUGAGCUGCGCAAUGGAAUUGUGUUUAGGAAGCACGAUAAUGAGAUUCUAUUCUAUGUCCCUGAUGCAAUGACUCAGGAAGUAAUACGCACAUGUCACGACGAGUACGUGGUAAUAUACCCAGUAAAAUCAACGGCAACAAAAGAGGUAAUCGCCUGUCUGAAAGAAUAUUUCCGUCAUUUUGGAGUGUGUAAGCGAAUUGUUUCUGAUCGCGGUAGUUCUUUAGUCUCCGACGAAUUUGUCAACUAUUUGAAGCCGUUAAAUGUUCAACAUGUUAAAGUAGCAACCGCUUGCCCUCAGAGUAAUGGACAAGUAGAACGAGUUAAUCGUUUCCUGCGUUCUAUCCUUUCAAAACUAUCAUCAGAGGGAAAAUGGACUGAUUUCGUGGCUAAGAGCCAGUUCUCGUUAAAUAAUACGCUGCAUAAGACAAUAGGCACAACACCUAGUCUAUUAUGUUUGAUAGCGAUCAAUACGGUUUCGCAGAUGAUAACCUUAGAGAGUACUUUCAUACUAUUCAAGACUUAG